GAAGACCGAGUACUCCUGGAUUCUAUGUCUAUACGUUCAUUUUAUACAUGUUCUUUAAGAGAAUGAGAGCUUCAUGGUUUUGCCUUUUGGCUGUUUAAAUAUUUUAAUUUUGGAAAAAAAUAAUUUGAAAAAUAAAAAUCUGAGCUUUAUCGAUCUCUUUUGUUCUUCCGGAUCAUGGCUCUCAAAGAUCUGGCGUUUUGAUAGUAAUGUGGGCCCAGAAGAAGACAUGGAUCCUUCUUCAUUUCAACGUGUCGUGUGCACCGAGUUUCCUAAAAAGAAGGGUUUGAGUGUAAGCGAGAGAAGAGAACUGAUCCACGCAUUGUCCAAGCAGCCAGAAGAAGCUUCGGAGCUUUUAAACUCGUGGAGCCGGGACGAGAUAAUGAAGAUCAUAUGCGCGGAGAUGGGUAAAGAGAGAAAGUACACUGGCCUAGCCAAACCAAAACUCAUUGAAAACCUACUCAAUCUCGUCUCUCGUCCUCUCGGUGAAACCUCGUGUCCUAACCGUAAAAGCUCGAGGAAGAAACAGAAGACGACUACUAGUUACAUCAUCUGCUGCGAGAAUUUAGCUUGUAGAGCAGCGCUCGGAAGUGAAGAUACCUUUUGUAGAAGAUGUUCUUGCUGUGUUUGUCAGAACUUUGAUGAGAAUAAAGAUCCGAGUCUAUGGAUUGCUUGUGAGGGUUGUGGUUUGUCUUGUCAUUUGGAGUGUGCUUUGAAGGAAGAUGGGUAUGGGAUUGGGUAUAAUGAUGGUAGUUUUCACUGCGUGUUUUGCGGCAAAGAUAGUGAUCUUCUCGGAUGCUGGAGGAAGCAAGUGAAGGUUGCGAAAGAGACUGGGCGUGUGGAUGUACUUUGUUACCGUGUUUCUCUAGGACAGAAGCUGUUGCGAGGUACAAGGAGGUAUCAGAAUCUGUUGGAACUCAUGGAUGAGGCGGUGCAGAAGCUGGAGGGUGAUAUGGGUCCGUUAGUGAGUUGGGAUAUGAAGAUGGCUCGGGAGAUUGUCAAUAGACUUGCUUCGGGAUCACAAGUUCAGAAGCUGUGUUCUCUGGCAAUGGAAGCUCUUGACAACAUGGUCUCACCAUUAUCAGGAUCUGUUUCAGGACAAGGUGACAUAUUGAGUGUGAGAGUAGAAGAGAUCCAAGCAAGAUCAGUCACUGUGAGAUUAGACUCCGAGGAGCCGUCUUCUUCUUCGCAAAACCGGAUCACGGGUGUGAAGGAUGAUGGAGAUGAAGCAGGGAACAGGCAACGCCUAUUGACAAACUCUAGCAGUGGUCUUUGUAGUAAUCCAUCUUUGCCUGAAGAUGAAUCCAACAAUGUCAGUAAAAGCUGCUGCAAAGAAAAUAGCGACAAUAACAACGCUGAACACUGUAGUGCAGGAGAAGUAGAAUCUGAGAUUGAAGAGGAGAGGGUCUUAAAAAGGAAAGUCAACGAGAUAGAGGGAGGAGACUUGCUUGUAAUAACACCCUGCAAGAGAGACACAUUUGACGGCAAGCAAGGAGGGAAUAAAAGAUCCAAAUCAAGAACAUCAACCAAGAAACCUGAGACCAAUGUAGCAGAAAAUGGAGUGGGAGGAGAUAAAGACUUGGGUCAUAUAGUGAAGACCAUUAGAUGUCUGGAGCAAGAAGGGCAUAUAGACAAGAGUUUCAGGGAAAGGUUCUUGACAUGGUAUAGCUUAAGAGCUACUCAUAGAGAAGUUAAAGUAGUGAAGGUUUUUGUAGAGACUUUCAAGGAUGAUCUGUCUUCUCUGGGACAACAGCUUGUGGAUACAUUCUCAGAAUGUGUACAGAGCAAGAGAUCAUCAACAACUGGUGGUGUACCUGCUGGAAUCUGCCUAAAGCUCUGGCAUUAAAUCCUUACAAAUCCGUCUUUUUUUUCCCUAUCAAACUUGCUUAAUAUUCUAUCUAAACCAUAACGAUAUUUUGGAAUGAAAAUAUGAAAUUCUCUAACACACCUUUGCUUUUAAUUUAUAGUGCAAAACUCAAAACGAAAUAGCCCAAUU